UAUAACUGUCAAAAUUGUCAAACAAACAAAGCCAGCCGCUGUUCACGGCAUUUCCAUUUUAUAUUUUUUGUUGAUAAUUACUAAUUUUAGAACAUAAAUUCUGUGAAAAUGGCGAUGCGUGAUUAUGCCGCGGACAAAGAAGCUUUGAAGAACUUCUUCGUGGAUUUCUGCCAGACUGAUGACGAGGGGCACAAGGUGUUCAAGUAUGCCGACCAGCUCACCCGCGUGGCGCACCGGGAACAGACCGCAUUCCUAGUAGAGCUGGACGACCUGCACGAAGCGAACGAGGAAUUAGCCGAGGCGGUGCUGCGCAACACGCGCCGCUACACCAACAUGGUCUCCGACGUCGUGUACGACAUGCUGCCCGAGUACAAGCACCGGGAGGUGGUUGCCAAAGAUUCCCUGGAUGUGUACAUUGAGCACCGCAUCAUGCUGGAGGCGCGGAACCACCGCAUCCCCGGGGAGAUGAGGGACCCCCGCAACAGAUACCCACCAGAACUUAUCAGGAGAUUUGAAGUGUACUUCAAAGACCUGUCCUCAUCAAAGUCAGUGCCAAUCAGAGAGGUGAAGGCUGAACACAUCGGCAAGCUGGUCACAGUGAGAGGCAUAGUAACCCGCUGCACAGACGUCAAGCCCCUCAUGGUGGUGGCCACCUACUCAUGCAGCGCGUGCGGCGCGGAGACCUACCAGCCGGUGCGCGGCCUGCAGUUCACGCCCCCGGCGGUCUGCACGGCCGACGACUGCCGCCUCAACAAGGCGUCCGGACAGCUGCAUCUGCAGACCCGGGGGUCCCGGUUCCAGAAGUUCCAGGAGCUUAAGAUUCAGGAGCAUUCAGACCAAGUCCCCGUGGGGCACAUCCCACGUCAACUCUCCGUGUACUGUCGCGGUGAGAUCACGCGGCGCGCGCAGCCCGGCGACCACGUGGCCGUCAGCGGGAUCUUCCUGCCACUACUCAGCGCCGGGUUCAAGCAGAUGAUGGCUGGGCUACUGUCGGACACGUAUUUGGAGGCUCAUAGCGUGCACUGCAUCAACCAAUCAGAGGAGGGCGAGCUAGCCGAGGCGCUCACAGAGGAGGAGCUGUCAGAGCUAGCAGAUGAGGACCUCUACUCGCGCAUGGCUCGCAGCCUCGCACCCGAGAUCUACGGACAUGAGGACGUCAAGAAGGCUCUACUGCUGCUGCUGGUUGGAGGUGUUGACAAACGACCAAACGGCAUGAAGAUCCGCGGCAACAUCAACAUCUGCCUGAUGGGGGACCCGGGAGUGGCCAAGUCGCAGCUGCUGGGCUACAUCGAUCGCCUGGCUCCGCGCUCGCAGUACACCACCGGCCGCGGGUCUUCAGGGGUUGGACUCACCGCCGCCGUUAUGAAGGACCCGUUCACUGGCGAGAUGAUGCUGGAGGGCGGCGCGCUGGUGCUGGCGGACCAGGGCGUGUGCUGCAUCGACGAGUUCGACAAGAUGGCGGAGGCCGACCGCACCGCCAUACACGAGGUCAUGGAGCAGCAGACCAUCAGUAUUGCUAAGGCGGGUAUAAUGACGUGCCUGAACGCGCGCGUGUCGAUCCUGGCGGCGGCCAACCCCGCGUACGGCCGCUACAACCCCAAGCGGACCAUCGAGCAGAACAUACAGCUGCCGGCUGCCCUGCUCAGUCGGUUUGACCUGCUGUGGCUCAUACAGGACAAGCCUAACCGCGAGAAAGACCUCGAGCUAGCCAAGCACAUAGCGUACGUGCACCAGCACUCGUCGCAGCCGCCGACGGCGGUGGCGGCGCUGCCCAUGCGCCUCGUGCGCCGCUACAUCGCGCUCACCAAGCGCAAGCAGCCGGCCGUGCCGCGCGCGCUCGCAGACUACAUCGUGUCAUCAUACGUGGAGCUACGUCGCGAGGCCCGCAACGCGCGCGACGUCACGUUCACCUCGGCCAGGAACCUGCUCGCCAUCCUGCGCCUGUCCACCGCGCUCGCUAGACUCAGAUUGUCGGACGUGGUGGAGAAGGAGGACGUGUCGGAGGCGAUCCGGCUGGUGGACAUGUCCAAGCAGUCGCUCACGCACGUCGACGACACCAACGUGCAGAGAGGCAUCAGCGCGACGGACCGCAUCUUCGCGGUGGUGCGCGACCUGGCCGGCAGCAGCAAGACCGUGAAGGUGGCCGACGUCAUCGAGCGCUGCGUCGACAAGGGCUUCAAGCCUGACCAGGUUGAUGCUUGUAUCGAGGAGUAUGAAAACCUGAACGUCUGGCAAGUCAACCAAGUGAGGACGAAAAUUACAUUCAUGUGAAAUGUAUCGAGUAGGUUAGUCUUUCUCAGUUGGAUGUUGUAUGCCAAGUAAGAAUACCAGUGUGCCUGAAAUUAAUCAAUAAGUUAUUUGUAAGUUAUCUCUAUGUUAUCUGCCUAAUAAUGACUUUUGUAAUGUAAGCAUUCGAAUACAAUUUUGAUUUUGAUAUUA